UUGGGAAGGAGGCCAAUAGGAGCAAAGUUUGUAAGAAAAGCAACCAAUGGGUGGCGGGACUCAAGGAGGCCCAUCUCUGGGGUGAAGAGGGAAUCUUGCCCAUGAUCACCACACGUGGGACCGCUCAGCGCCGCCACUUCACCGGGAUAUUGAACGUCCCGAAGUACGGGCAGCCUUGCGCACCAUGUGGCCGUCAGCCAGGCCGCACCCUCUGGACGGAGCAAAAUAAGGACAUACGCGUAUUUCGUUGUCUGGAAAACGGCACGUAACCGCACGGGGAAAAAAAAGUUAAGUGUUUUAGCAAAGUACGGAGCUUUGCUUGCCCCGCCCUCUGAUCCUUAUAAAAUCCUAGCAGCAUUUUCCCGAAUUGUCGUGGGAGUCGUAAAAUAUCUCCGCCUGAUUGGAUAACUUGGACUUUGAUGUUUCGUUAACGGCCGUCACAACUGUUUGGUUUACGUCCGCAAUUCCAGCAAACUGAUUGGCUGUCUGCUCAUCAAUCGAAGCUGUCGCUCAUCUUUGUCAGUGAUUGGUGGCUCGUCCUGUCAAUCAUUCACAGGCCGUCUCCCGCUAUCCUUUUCUUUAAUUGGCUGAAUGCAGGUUUCGCCCCGAGAAUGAUUGGGUUAAACAACUGCCACUCACCCAAAUGAUCUCCCACCCGUAUUUCAGCCGCAGUUCGGCGCAUGGAUCCGACCUGACGAAAAGGAAGCUGGGUGAAGCAUUUUAGGAGUUGACCUCUGACCCGCUUGCCGCCGAAAUGGUUCAUAGAGAUGUCUAAAGCUGCUUUCCACUCCUCCCUCACAUCUGUUCUCUCUUGCCAACAGGCUUGGUAAUCUGAGACGGGACUGAUCUCCUGCAGGGAAUACCAGUUUGACACUGAACAUUUGGGCCACUCAGAGGAAGGCAAGAGUACUGCCAAGUCCGGAGGUUUGAUCCAACAAUCUGCAGGAAAUACGGCCACUACUGUAUCCCUUCCCACCCCAUUUCCCCUGAUCAGAGCCAGGGACUGUGACAGAAAUCUAUAGAGAUUAUUUAGGUUGUUAGAAGGAAGCCUAGAAUCAGAAUCGGGUUCAUCAUCACUGACUUAUAUGUUGUGAAAUUUGUUUAUUUGUGGCAUCAAAAGCACAAAAACUGUGCACACAUCGUCCUCCCGCUCGCGAUGUCUGCGGUUGGCUUCGACGACUUCUCAGGCCCCUGCUCUGAGCUGGCCCUGCCGCCGCUCUUUGGCGGCAACAUCCUGGAGAGCGAGCUGGAGCAAGAGGUGGAGUUCGCGGACGCAGGGCUGAACGGCGACACCGCGGAGGAAGACGGGGCAGCGAGGCAGCGCGAGCUGUACCGGAAGAAGUACCACGCACUGCAGCGAAGGUGCAAGGAGAUUGAGACGGUAAAUGAAAAACUCUUGAACAGACUGAAAAAUGUGAGGAAGAUAACGCAGCGAUUAAAGAAGGAGCGAAGGUUCCUGAUGAAGUGUCUGGACUCUCAUGGUGAUUCCUAUCGAACAGCCCAGCUGACCAUACUGCUCGAGGACGAGGGCAGCCGAGGAGGCGAGGAAAUGCUGUUGGACAACCCCCCGAGCGGCCAGCUCCCAGAGGGAGAGGAAACCCCAGCAGCCAAGCACAGCUCGCAGGGAUCAGACAGUCCCACACCCAGUGAGGGGGCCACUCACAAGAGGAAGAGAGUAAAGGAAGAGAAAGAGGGCCCAACCAACAAGAGGCAUUCGAAUUCCUUCUAUAAGUUCGGCCGUGACCUCCCCAAACGGCAGGAUUCCAGCGAUGAAGAGCUGUCACCCCGGGAAGGGAGUGAGCCUCUGUCCCGUCCCUGGAACACUGAGAGCCCUGAAAGGAAGGUUGUGUACGGAGAAUACUCCAGCCCUGCUGUCUACCCUGAAUUUGACUGAAGCCCUCAAUCCUGUGUUUAUGGAGGCAUCGGAAGAAGAGAGCUGCAGGGUAAAGAAUGGACUGGUUACGUUUGAGGUGCUGUCCUUGCACUCCUGUAUACCUCGGACUUUAGAUACAACACUUGAGUCAUAUCAUCUGCAGAAAUUCUCUGAUGACUGACUCAGCAAUAGUUGGGUGUAUAAUGGGAGGCUGAAUACAGGGUCCUGGUGGAGGACUUCUUCAAAUGGUGCAAGCAUCAUCUGCAGCUCAACAUCAGGAAGACAAAGGAGAUGGUGGUGAACUUUAGGAAGUCUAAGCCUGUGCUGCUCCGUUACUAUUGAUGGUGAGGACAUGGAUGUGAUGAGGACCUACAAGUACAUGGGGCGCACCUGGAUGACAGACUUGAGUGGAGCACCAACACAGGCUGUAUACAAGAAGGGUGAGAUGUCUUUACUUCCUGAGGAGACUGAUGUCCUUUGGCGUAUGCAGGCCUCUCCUUCACAUGUUCUACCAGUCUGUUGUCAAUGGUACUAUCUUCUAUGCAGUGGUGUGAAGAUCUCACAGUUAAAGAAGUGGAUGUCGUCAUCGGAUUUCGAUGGACAACCGAAGAAGAAGAAGGUGUGUUGGAGUAUUGGCAUCAACAUGGGUGAUGGCAACAGGCUCAAUAAACUGAAUAGAAAGGGUGGCUUUAUUAUAGGAGUCAAACCGGACACGCUGGAGGCUGUUGUAGAAAAGAGGACCCUACGGAAAAUCCUAGCAAUUCUGGACAAUGUUUCUCACCCUUUGCAUGCCACCUUGGCUGAACAAAGGAGCACUUUUAGUAAUAGACUAAGACAACUGCGCUGCUCUAAGGAGUGCUAUAUAAGGUCAUUCUUAUCCUCGGCCAAUAGGCUCUAUAAUGAGUCAAUCUAUAGCUGGGGAAGUGAUGACCCCCUUCAAUUCGACUCUUUGAGGUAACUUUUUUAUUCUUUCUUACUUCUCUUGUAAUAUUUAUAUAUCUCUGUAUAACUGUAGCUUCCUUUGGGGUCAAUAAA